UUAUUAUUAUUAUUAUUAUUAUUAUUAUUAUUAUUAUAUUAUUAAUAAUUAUUAUUAUUACAUUAUAAUUAAUCAUUAACAUCGUUAUUGUCUUCGAUCAUGACAUUUAAAUAAUUUCUUAUUUCUAGUCGAAAUCAUCUAGUCUCGUUAUAAUUCCAUCGACACAUGCGAUCCCAAAGCGAUAAAAACACGCGUUGCAGGAACAAUACGAUCUUGCGAUAUAUAUAUAUAAAGAGAGAAAGAAAGAGAGAGAGAAAUAGAUAGAGAGAGAGAGAGAGAGAGAGAGAAAGAGAGAGAGAGAGAGAGAGAGAGAGAGAAAGAGCGAUGCAUUACCCGUACAACAAAUACAGUAUACAAUCCGUAAAUAUGAGGUAAAUGUUGAUUUGUUUAAAUAAAUGUAAGUUUGAAAAUCCAUCGUGAGUUUUUAUUCACGGCAUAUAAUUUCCGAUUGAUUUUUAAUGUAAUUUUCGAAAUUUAUAUCAUCGAAUCUAUUUUAUCGUGAUAUUUUCUUUCAAAAUCCUACGAAAUAUUAAUCAAUUAAAAUAUAAUAUCAUAUAAUUUCUUGUUUGAAGAAUAAUACGUGAUCAAUAAGUUAGGGAAUAAUAUUAUCGAAUAUUUUACGCAUGCGCGGUUAAGAUCGAUAAUUUAUCAAAAUGGCCGACCUCAACAAAGAAUUGAACGAAUAUCUUCUCGGUAACAAAAAUGAGAAACAAUUUAAAAUAUCUGUACCCUCCGUAACGUUACCAAAGCCGAACAUUGGAAAAUGGUUUGGAAGAAAUGUAGAUGAAACGAAGGAAGAAACGGGAUGGAUUCAAGGAACACAAAGGGAAUGUUGUCCUAGUAUGACGAGAAUGCAAAGGCUGAUGUCUUUUGCCUUUUGCCUUUUUAUGGGAUUAUUGUGCUUUAGUUUAUCGGGCAUGUAUAUUCCUUUUCUUCUUACUAAAGCAAGAAAAUUUGCUUUAUUAUAUAGUGUAGGAAGUUCAUUCUUUUUAUUAAGUUUCUGCUUUUUGUGGGGUCCAAUAAAUUAUAUAAAAUCUCUUUUCACAGCUGAAAGAAGUUGUUUUACUAUAUCUUAUUUUGCAACAUUAAUAGGCACAUUGUAUUUCGCACUCUAUUUACAAUCGACACCAUUGACAAUACUUUGUGCUGGUUUACAAUUAGUUGGUAUGUUAACAUUUGGUUUAUUACGUCUUCCAGGUGGACUUACAGUUCUAACGUUUUUUACCAGAAAUUUGAAAUCAUCUGUAAAUUCUUCUUUACCUGUAUGAUAUUAUUAUAUUUUAGAUAUGAAGAACUACUUAUUUAUAAUAUAAAGAAAUUUUUCUCUACAA